UUCAAUGUCUCAAAAUGAGGAUCUUGAACAACAAAACAAGACGAUAUCUACUCCGUUUGUUCUCCAGUUCAACAAUCUAACCUACAGCAUUAACAUACGUAAGGAAAUUACAAUCCGCCGUAUGCUUUGCCGGAAGGAUACCGGAACAAUAGAUACACUGUCGAGGAAAAAAGUGUUGUUGAAUGAUAUCUCAGGUGAAGCUAGAGAAGGUGAGAUUUUUGCUAUUCUUGGUCCUAGUGGUUCUGGAAAGACUACUUUGAUCGAUGCACUUGCAAAUAAGAUAUCUAAGAAGAGCUUGAGAGGAUCCGUAACAUUGAAUGGCGAAACUCUAGAGUCCGCGGUACUUAAAUCGAUAUCGGCUUAUGUCAUGCAAGACGAUUUGCUAUUCCCUAUGUUAACAGUGGAAGAGACACUCAUGUUCUCAGCUGAGUUUAGAUUGCCUCGCUCGGUGUCCAAAUCAAAGAAGAUGGCAAGAGUUCAAACUGUAAUCGAAGAACUUGGGUUACGUGAUGCUGCAAAGACCUUAAUAGGAGACGAAGGUCAUAGAGGCAUAUCCGGAGGUGAACGACGACGGGUUUCAAUUGGAGUGGGUAUUAUUCAUGAUCCAAUUCUAAUGCUUCUCGACGAGCCAACGUCUGGACUCGAUUCAUCGAGUGCUUUCAUGGUGGUGAAAAUCCUGCAACAAAUUGCUCGAACAGGGAGAAUAGUUAUUAUGUCGGUUCACCAACCUAGUUCCAGAGUUGUUGGCCUAUUUGACCAUUUGAUCUUCCUCUCACAGGGAGAAACCGUCUACUACGGCACGCCAACACACCUCUCAGUUUUCUUGUCGGAGUUUGGUCAUCCCGUCACAGAAAAUGGCGAAACCACCGAAUUCAUGCUUGAUUUAUAUAGCAACCUCGAAGGGUUACCUGGCGGCACUAAAAGCAUCGUUGAAUUCAACAAAUCCUGGCAGACAAUAAGGAAUCACCCUUACACCUCAAAGCAUUCCAAUGGGUUAGAUCUUCCAAGCUUAAAAGAAGCCAUAUAUAAUACUUGUGCUAACGGCAGUGGCCGGACAUGGACCAGUUCAAAAUUUGCUAAUUCAUUUUGGGUUGAAAUAAUUGUGCUGAUGAAACGAUCACUAAUAAACUCAAAGCGCUCAGCUGAAAUAUUCUUAGUCCGAGUGGCUGGUGUGGUUGCUUCAGGUUUUAUUUUAGCUAGUACGUUUUGGCACCCUGAUAAAACAGAAAGAGGUAUUGUAGAACGACUUGGGUUCUUCGUUUUUAUAGUGACCAUAAUCUUCUUUGGAAACACAGAUUGGCUUGGAGUUUUCGUCCAAGAAAGGUACAUUUUUAUGAGAGAAACAGCUUAUAACGCGUAUCGUCGUUCAUCUUACAUUCUAUACCAUUCGAUUAUAGUUAUACCUACAUUAAUCGUGUUAUCUCUUAUAUUAGCAUCAAUAACUUUUCCUGCUGUAAGUCUAGAUGGUGGAUUUCUUAGUUUCCUUUUCUAUUUCUUGGCGAUAUGCGCGUCAGGUUGGGCAGCUAAUUCUCUAAUAUGUUUGAUAUCUGGAUUGUUUUUCCAAGUUGUGGUGGGUUACACUGUGGCUAUGACUCUCGUUGGUUUAUUCCUAUUAUACAGUGGUUUCUAUAUGAAUAGAGAUAGAAUUCCAUCAUACUGGAUCUGGUUCCAUUAUAUGUCUCCAAUGAAAUAUCCUUUCCAAGCCCUCGUGUUGAACGAAUUCGACAAGCCAAAUUUAUGUGUUGCCAAAGUUGGUGCUGAACCAGCUAUGUCCUGUGUAAUGACUGGGUUGGAUAUAAUAAGAAAGCUGGAUGCAAUAGAUUUAAGCAAAUGGAGUUGCUUGUGGAUCACUUUAGCUUUUGGUGUUAUCUACAGAAUUCUGUUUUAUUUCGCUUUAUCAUUUGGCAGCAAAAACAAGAGGAAGUAG